CGCAGGCACUUGUUAUUUUGAGGCUAUUUUUAAUUUCUCUUCUGUGUAAAAGUGAACGACGCUGGAAGAGAUCUGCUGAAGUGUAAUAGCUGGCAGCCUUCCUGCUCUGUAUCGGCCCCAACGCGGUCACACAAACACUUGACAUUCUCUGUCGCAUUUAAGCACCGCCUUCCCCAGUCGUAGCGUGUACUGGCACCGCUGGGUCCCUCCUCUGCGACUGCUGCUCCGCCCAAGCCUCAGCCAAUUCGUUGCCAUGGUAACAGGGAAGCGGACUUUGUCGGCUGCAGCCCGGGAGGAAUCAAUGUAACGGGGGCCUCGCUAUCCGCCCUACCUUUGUACUAACACUAACUACUCUGCCUUAAAGCUUCUCUAUUAGUUCAGUUUUUAUUCUGGACUACUUCUGCACGCAUUUCUCUCUCCAUCUCGCACUGUUUCCACUACAUAAUCCUCACCCCCCCCCCCCCCCGUACUACCGGACGGAACACUGCACAAAAUGCAGAACCUGCAAGUGGCACCAGUGAGCCGGAGCAGAAUUAUUUCCAACAUGCCCAAGCCAUACACCCCUGAAGCUUGCCAUCAGUACCAGACACAGUUUGAUGCAGAGGUGCAGACUGUUUGCCAACAGCGUAAUGCUGGGGCUAUUGGACUGAAGAUGUCAAAAGCAGUGAUGGUUGGCGAUCUGUAUGUUGGAAAGACAAGUUUAAUCAACAGAUUCUGCAAGAAUGUAUUUGAUCGUGAUUACAAGGCAACAAUUGGUGUCGAUUUUGAGAUUGAACGUUUUGAGAUCUUGGGCAUCCCAUUUAACUUCCAGAUAUGGGACACAGCUGGCCAGGAGAAGUUUAAAUGCAUUGCAUCUGCAUAUUACAGAGGGGCACAGGUGAUUAUCACUGCGUUUGAUCUUGGUGACAUCAGCACCCUAGAAAACACCAGGCGCUGGGUGCAAGAUGCUCUUAAAGAGAAUGAGCCAGACACUUGUUCCAUCUUCCUGGUGGGGACCAAAAAAGACACAUUGUCUGAGGCAGAGUUGGAGAGAACAGAACAAGAUGCUGUAAGACUUGCAAUAGAUUUACAGGCUGAAUACUGGUCUGUAUCAGCAAAAACAGGGGAGAACGUGAAGGAAUUCUUUUUCCGAGUUGCAUCUUUAGCCUUUGAACAGUCCAUGAAAAAAGAAUUGGAAAAGAACCGGGGUAACACAGCUCAAAUUGGAGUAGGGAACUUAAUACAACUGGAUGGAAAUUCAUCAGAUAAAAGGGAGAAUGAAACGCAGCUUAACAUGAACUGCUGUUAGACCCAGCUAGAGACUUUUUGGAGCACCUUUACUUCUACUUGCAAAGCCCUACGCAGGCAACAAACCACUGUCUGUGUGAGAACUAGAAGCAAGUCUCUGGAAUACCUGCAACAGUGUCUCACUGCCCAAUACAUUACACUUACACUACCCUGCAUAAACCCUUCCCUGGACAUCCAGAUGCUCAAAGUUCAUUUGUAUUAUUUGGAUAUUAAAUAUAUGUAGUGGGAAGAUUGCAGUAUGCUUAACAUUGCAAUUAAUGUCAUUUGAAAAGUCAAACACAAUAGAGACCAUAUUUUAGUUUCAAAAUGCAGCACAAAAUCAAAUGAUAUUAAAGGAGAACUUCACCCAAA